AUGGCGGUAGACAUCACACUCCUGUUCCGGGCCAGCGUCAAGACCGUGAAGACUCGGAACAAAGCGCUGGGAGUGGCGGUGGGCGCCGGAGUCGAUGGCAGCCGCGACGAGUUGUUCCGCCGCAGCCCCCGGCCCAAGGGCGACUUCUCCAGCCGGGCGCGCGAAGUGAUUUCACACAUCGGCAAACUGAGAGAUUUUCUUCUGGAACACAGGAAAGACUACAUCAAUGCUCACAGCCAUAUCCUGUCUGAAUAUGGGAGGAUGACAGACGCAGAGCGAGACCAGAUAGACCAGGACGCGCAGACGUUCAUGAGGACCUGCUCAGAAGCAAUUCAGCAGCUGAGGAAUCAAGCCCACAAGGAGACCCACUCCCAGCAAGUGAGGGAGCACAGGAGCGCCAUCCUGGACUUCACCCAGGACUACCUGAGAAGAGUUUGCAAACUGUACUCAGAACAAAGAGCCAUCCGCGUGAAACGAGUGGUGGAUAAGAAGAGGCUAGCCAAGCUGGAGCCAGAAGCAACCGCAAAGACAAGGGAACCCGGUUCUUCUGAGGAAGUUUCCCUGGACCCUUCGCAGGACUCUGGAGAGAAGCCGGUCGCCGAGGAACAUGCAGAAAAGAUUCCAGCUGAAGCGCAGCCUGAGUUGGGCAGCUGGGGAGACAGCAGAGGCGAAGACGAGCUCUCCCCAGAGGAAAUACAGAUGUUUGAACAAGAAAAUCAGCGCCUCAUCGGUGAAAUGAACAGCCUGUUCGACGAAGUGAGGCAAAUUGAAGGGAAGGUGGUUGAAAUUUCCAGACUCCAAGAGAUCUUCACAGAGAAGGUUUUACAGCAGGAAGCAGAGAUUGACAGCAUCCACCAGCUGGUCGUGGGCGCCACUGAGAACAUCAAGGAGGGCAACGAGGACAUCAGAGAGGCCAUCAAGAACAACGCGGGCUUCCGCGUGUGGGUGCUCUUCUUCCUGGUGAUGUGCUCCUUCUCCCUGCUCUUCCUCGACUGGUACGACAGCUAGUCCCGCUCCGGCAGCGCGCAGGCCUGGCCUCCACGUAGGCCUGUGGUCAGUCCUGACCAGGUCUGACCACAGCAGGUGGCGCUGAGAGACACAUACUCCACUAAAGGGACACAAACCCACCUGGAGUUUUAAGCCCAUUCAGUAGCUGAACGAGACAACAAUGAACACGAGGCAGAUGGGGAAAUGGGAGGGGUUGUUAUGGUACCGCAGGUCUCGCUCCACCAGCAUCUCGGGGCUCAGAGGAGGCACGGCCUGACUUCCUGCCGCUGGGGCCUAAGGAGCUUUUGUUCAGAGAACGGACGGGCCCCAGAGCCCGGGCCUGCUGCUCUCGCUGUGCAUCGACACCCUAGGAGACGUGAUGGGACCGUCCGUAAUGGCAGCACGGGCUGGAGCCGCAUCUGCACACAGCGUCCUGGGGCCCUGGGCCUGUGAAAUGCGUGCUGUGCAGACAGUCUGCUGGGCAGUCUCAGGGACCCUCGUGUUCUCUGUGUAAAUGAACGACAACCAAUAAAGUCUGUUUACUCGAAACUGCAA